AUCAUCAUCCGAGAGCGUGUGAGCUAUGGACAGCGUGUUGUGCAGCGAGCGUAGGGAUCUGGGCCGUGCGGUGUGUGUGGUCACCGGAGCGUCGAAAGGCUACGGCCGGACGCUGGCUCUGCAGAUCAGCUGUUUACUGAAGCCGCGCUCCGUCCUGCUGCUGGUGUCCCGAACCGCAGACCAGCUCAACCAGCUGAAGCAGGACAUCGUGAGUCUGCACGCGGCACACACUGAUCUGCAGCUGGACGUGCGCUGUGUGCAGGCCGAUCUGCAGGAGCCCGACGGCGUGCAGAAGACCAUACAGGAGACCAGAAACACUCUGAGCACUGAUAUAGAGCAUCUGCUGAUCAUCAACAACGCAGCAUCUCUGGGUGACGUGUCCCGCUGUGCUGUGAGCUUCACUGACCCGUGUGAAGUGUCCCGGUAUCUGGCUCUGAAUGUGAGCGGUGUGUUGAGUCUGACGGCGGGGAUCCUGCAGGCGUUUCCUCCAGCGGUCGGCCUGCGCAGGACGGUGGUCAACAUCAGCUCUCUGUGCGCCCUCAAGCCCUUCCCCUCAUGGGUGCUGUACUGCACGGGGAAAGCGGCCCGAGACAUGAUGUUCAGGGUGCUGGCGGAGGAGGAGCCCGACCUCAGAGUGCUCAGCUACGCCCCUGGGCCUCUGGACACUGACAUGCAGCUGCAGGCACGCUGUUUUUCAGGUAAUGUAGAGCUGCGGCGCUCUUUCUCCUCCAUGUUUUCUGACGGUCAGCUUCUGUCCUGCGAAGAAUCCGGAGCAAAACUCAUGAAGAUCCUGCUGGACGACCAAUAUCCGUCAGGUGCUCAUCUGGACUACUAUGAGCUCUAGAACCUGCCGCUCCGGCCUGUGCAGACAUACAGCUCAAGACACAAUUAUUAGUUAUUCUGUGAAUUUCUUCUUCAAAUAUUUCCCAAAUGAUGUUGAACAGAUUCAGGAGUUGUUCACAGUGUUUCCUCUAAUAUUUGUUCUUCUGGUGAAAGUCUUGUUUGUUUUAUUUCGGCUAGAAUAAAAGCAGUUCUUAAUUGUUUAAAAGUCAUUUUAAGGUCAAUAUUAUUAGCCCCCUUCAGCAA